GCGGUGCUUGCCAGCCGAUAAGCAGCCCGCCGCUUGCCAAAUUGGCAACCCGCUUGCCCCUUGCCAGCCACCCUAGCCGGAGGGGUUCAAGAACCGCAAGUCAAAUGCGUAAGGUUAGUAGAUUGUUGUUGUCAAGGACCCUCAUGUGAUCUGUCGCUUAGAGCAUGUGACUUGGGGAUCCAUUUGAGAUUUGUAUCGAUACGGUAAAAACCUUGGAUACCGGGCAUUCUUUUCAUAUAUUCCCCCAUGAGCCCUAACCCUAACCCUAACCCGAAGGGCAAUUCUAUCAUGUUGACCGGAUCGAGCGCCGGCACAACCGGUGCGGCAUUCAGCGUCUACAUAUACAACGCAAGCAAGGCGGCAAUCCGCAACGUCGCGCGGACUUGGGCGGAGGACCUGAAGGGCACGGGUAUCAAGGCAAACGUUCUAUCGCCCGGACCGACGGCGAUGGACCUCGCCAAGGAGGCGUUAGGCGAGGACGGCAUAAAAGCUUUUGCGCGCAUGGCCGAUCCGGCAGAGAUCGGGGCCGUAGCUGCUUUCCUUGCAUCAGAUGAUAGCACUUUCAUGACUGCUAGCGAGAUCGCCUUCGACGGGGAUCUUGCGCAAAUCUGACGCGCAGUCUACCACUCCCGUUUUUCUCUUCCUCUUUCCAUGUUCUCUUGUGCUCCUUACCGUACGCACCACAUCGUUGACACCACAUUGUACGCACAUCUUUGAUUGAUCAGAACCUAUAAAGCAUCCGUACCCACUGAGGCUGUCAAAUAUACCCGAAUAUUGUCUCUGCUUGCGAACCCCGGUUUGGCACAUGGGUUUACAUAGCGGUCUCGAUGCAGACGACAACGUACUCUUCGACGAUUGUGGUCCCAUUGUUG